CAGUUGUCUUAGGGGAUGUCAGGCCGGCGUACGGGAUCAGUUUUUGCCAGGGACAGGUGCGACAGGGAGGAGUAGUUUUUUUUCUUUUUCUUUCUUUCUUUUCUUUCGUUUUUUUUUUUUUUUAACGAAGACCUACACAGGAUCUGGUAACGCACUAACGAGCCUCCCCUCUCCUCUGAUCACUCGGAUUUUUUGUUUCCAGUGGGACACAGUCGUUGUUUCGGCCGCACCUUUCCCUCCUUCCACGAUAAUCAGAGACUACAGUUCUGUUGCUAUGGCGACCGUGGCCCCUCCCUGCUUCUUCCUGCUGUGUUGGCUCCUCCGAGCAGCCAGCUCGGCGUUCCCAGAGGAACCGGGGCCCCUCAACUUCAUUCCCACAGAAGUGGUGAGAAGAUACCCAGUGUUUCUGGGCCGACCCCACCGAACAUGGCUGAGACAAGAGCCUCUACACAUCCAGAGGGUCCUGCAAGUCAAUCGAACACUCUACAUUGGAGCCAGGGAUGACCUUUUCCGUGUGGAGUUGGACAUUGUUGCAGGAGACGAGAUGUUUUACAGUAAGAAAAGAACAUGGGAGUCCAACAAGAAUGACAUCAGGAUCUGCAGGAUGAAGGGCAAACAUGAGGAUGAAUGCCGUAACUUCAUGAAGGUGCUGCUCAGCAGACAAGGAGGCCUGUUUGUGUGUGGGACCAACGCCUUCAACCCGCUCUGCGCCAACUAUACUGGAGACACUCUGGAGAUGGUGGGAGACACGAUCAGCGGGAUGGCGAGAUGCCCAUACGACCCCAAACAUGCCAAUGUAGCUCGAUUUGCAGAGGGGAAUUUGUUUACAGCCACAGUGACGGACUUCCUGGCCAUUGAUGCGGUGAUCUAUCGUAGCCUUGGGGACAGUCCCGCUCUGCGCACCGUCAAGCACGACUCCAAGUGGUUCAGAGAGCCGUACUUUGUCAGCGCUGUGGAGUGGGGACCUCACAUCUACUUCUUCUUCAGAGAGAUAGCCAUGGAGUUCAAUUACCUGGAGAAGGUGGUGGUGUCACGUGUGGCCCGUGUGUGCAAGCGAGACCAGGGCGGGUCUCAGCGCGUUCUCGAGAAGCAGUGGACGUCGUUCCUGAAGGCCCGUCUGAACUGCUCCGUCCCCGGUGAUUCCCACUUCUACUUUAACCUGCUCCACUCCACCAGCCCCAUCAUCAGGAUGCACGGCAGGGACAUCAUCCUGGGGGUGUUCUCCACGCCAGCCAACAGUAUCCCAGGUUCGGCAGUGUGUGCCUUUGACAUGGAGCAGCUGGCGGCAGUGUUUGAUGGGAGGUUCAAGGAGCAGAAAUCACCCGAGUCUAUUUGGACACCCGUACCAGAUGAAGUCAUCCCGAAACCAAGACCCGGCGGCUGUGCAGUUCAAGGAUCCAGGUUUAAUUCAUCCAACUCAUUCCCUGAUGACAUGCUUAACUUUGUCAAGACCCAUCCUCUUAUGGAUGAAGCGGUCCCAUCGCUCGGACAAAGACCCUGGAUUGUCAGAACCAUGGUUAGGUAUCAGCUCAAUAAGAUUGUGGUGGAUACAGAAGCCGGGCCUCACAGGAACCGGACCGUCCUGUUCCUCGGGUCCAGCAGAGGGACCAUCCUCAAGUUCCUCAUCAUGCCCAACCAGGACAACACUGUCACCAGCAGCAACAUCUUCCUGGAAGAACUGGAGGGAUUCAACCCCGAUAAGUGUGCUGAAGACUCUCCUCAGGCCAGGCAGCUGUUGUCUUUGACUCUGGACCGGGCAAGCCACACUCUCCUCCUCGCCUUCCCCUCCUGUGUGGUCAGAGUACCCGUGGCGCGAUGCCAGCUCUACUCCCGAUGCAUGAAGAACUGUAUCGCCUCCAGGGAUCCUUACUGUGGCUGGACCAGAGGAAGCACCUGCUCUUUCCUCCGGCCUGGGACCAGACUGCCGUUCGAGCAAGAUGUUGAACAGGGAAACGUGGCCCACUUGGGUGACUGUGACGGUUUACUGCUCCAGGAGACUUUCAUCGAGGAGCCUGACGGCCUUGUGUCUGUGAACCUGUUGGUGGUGUCUGCUGUUUCAGCCUUUGCAACAGGAGCCAUCCUCUCUGGCCUCACCGUCUGCUGGAUCAUGAGUCACCGCCACCGCCAUUCCCGCAGUUCUGGAGCCAACGGCGCCCGCCGUAAAAGUGACAAAGAGCAGAGCAUGCUGGGGCAGGGCCGCAGCGGGUCAGUAAUGAGCGUUACAAGAACCAGCGGUGGCGAGAGGCGUCGCUCGCAGGCAGACAACCCCUUUGUCAUGCCCAAUGGCUGGCCGAAAGGAGAGAUGGACCCAGGAUUACUGCCUACCCCGGAGCAGACCCCGCUGCAGCAGAAACGGGCCAUGCGUCUGCCGGACACCGACUGGGACCAGAGCCAGACCUUCCUCACGGCUGUGGGGACUCCCUGCCCCAACAACUCUGUCAUCUACCUGAGCUCCAAGUUCCUUCACGGAGGUGGAGGUGGUGGAGGGAUGGUCCGGAUAGAGGACCCAGGUGAGGUUGUGCUGCCCCCGCACACAGAGCGCCAGCGCUACCUGAUCCUAGCCACCCAGAGAGGGGAGCACGGUGGCAGCCGUCCCAGCGGCACCCUGAGGAACUCAGCGGGAGAAUACAUCUACCCCGCCACGCCACAGGACUCCCCUGACCGACGAAGGGUGGUUUCCGCUCCCACUCCCCACAUGGACUAUGGGGAGCCUCGCUGGAGUCACGAGGCGCUCAACUACAACAGCAACAAUGGAGCGCCCUAUCACUCCCAGCGCCAUGGCCUCAUCAGGCCAGACAUGCACGGGCCUCGAGGGCUGGGAGAACUGGCUGACUUCAGUCAUCUCCUAGGGAAGAACAUGGGAGAGCGCACCCCCAGUGGCCAGUGAGGUGAAGUUACGUGAGCCCUGACACCAAUCUCUCUCUGAACACCCAUUCCCUCCAACAGUAAACUGGAAUCAACCCCUCAGACUCACUGUCCCGGUCCAACCUUAUCCUGUCUGUCCUCUCUCACUGUCAUUCAAUGUUCUGACGUCAUUCAGCUGACUAAAGAGAGAGACAGAGAGAAAAGAAACAAAGAGAGAGCUGUAAAAGAGGAGAACACCCUCCUCAUGUCUCCAUUCCUCUGCUCUUAAUCUGAGGUGCACCCCUCUGCUCUGUUGGUGGUACAGCCCACAGAGCGUGACUUUGACACCACAUGACAAACAGACAAACAGUAAGAUACAGGGAGGGGUGCAAAGGAAGGAGAAUCUUCUAAAAAGGGACAGUGUGGCGGUAAAAAAAACAAAAAAAAGACUAUUUCGCUUGCAGCGCCAAAUGUGAAAGGUCUCCCUCCACCAUUCUGUUCACCGUUUUGACACCAUGGAUCUUCUUUGAGUGUGAAAUUUUCUUCCUGCUUUUUGUUUUUGGGUUGUUGUUUUUUUUUGUGCCAGUGGCAUCCAGCAGACAACAAUGUGCUUUACUUUGGAUUUCAGAUGAGACUAAAACUGUUGUAGCCGUGCCAGAGGGCAGUGACUCUUGAUGAAUCAUGCAGUGUGUGUGUAUGUGUGUGAUUGUGGGAAUGUGUGUGGCCACAACAACCCCAACCAGUGUCCUGUCUUAACUGUGAAGAAUAACUAUAUAAUGAAGUUUCACUAAGGAGGAGGUUGAUGUUAUUCAUUAUUCUCCCUUUUUUAUAAACAAUCACAGAGAGAUAAAUAGAUUUUAUCAUGUGUCUCUCUAUGUGUUUAUCAAUCAGAGGUUUGGAUGGUUGACCAGUGGCUAGUGAAGGGUUGACACUCCCAGUGUAAUUUUUUUUUAUUCCCAGUACCUCAGAGGCAGCAAUGGACACAGCCAUGAUGAAGUGAAAGAGAGCAAUAAUAAGCAGGAAACCUAUAAAGAUGAAGAUAAAGCCAAUUUAAUUUGAUAUUUUUAUAAUACCACUGUUUUCUCAUAAAAGCGAACUAAAGCGCAGAGAUGUCAGAGAGAGCAGAGCACUGGGAAAGGGAACAAUAUCUCCCCUCCAUUCUUCCCUCCCUCGCUGCCUCUCAGUAUGCCCGGCUCUGUCUGACCUGACCUGAGGCCUCCCUGGGCUCCGCAGUCCAUUUGAAGAGGGGCGGGGGGGGAAUGUGAGCUGUGGCUGUCUGGCUGUCUGACUGAGGCUGUGAGGCCCGGGCCGCUUGGGACCUCCAUUCAGCCUCUUCUGCCCGACACUGAGCCUCUUUGUGCCCCAGAAGCAGGAGGAGACUGCAGCAACAAAUAGCCGUUAAGAGUCAGGGACCUAGCCCAGCACCACAGCCUAGCAGAAUAUCAAUGAGGAGGACAGCAGCUCCAUCCGUCAUGUGAGAUGUACCAACCAGGCCCGGGCAUCUCUUAUGCUUCACCCGCUUGCCAGGACAGGGGGGAGCUGAGGGCUGAAGCUGGGGCCGAGGCCAGGGUUGGGGCACUGCUAACUGUCACAAUGGUCAUCCCUUGUGGCUUUAUCCCUUUCUGUCUUUCAGUGUGUUUCCCAACAAAAGUGGGAUAAAGAAAACAGAUGGGCAUGGGUAUACUUGGGUGUGGAGUUACUCUUUCACUCCGUUGUCUUUUGAUGUUUUCUGUUUUUGUCCGUUCUUAUCCGUUCCUGAUUCUGAUGUAGAUCCAGAGAUAGUUUUAGUUCAUCUGGGUCACGGUGGUGUUUUUGUGUGUGUCUUGUCUGUCGGCUUCUGUGUGUGAAUCUCUUAGGGCUUUUAUCCAUGAAUGCGUUACUCAUAUUGAGUGCAAAAAACAGCUUUGAUCAAUUUUACUCUCAUUCUCACCCUUCCUCUUUUUACCGACCCCAUUCUUUAUUCUCUAUUGAGCCAUUAAUGUUGUGCAGCAAGCCUUUGCUUGACAUUCACAAAUCUGUGCUAACAGUGUCAGAGCCUUGCGUGGGAGCAGCACAUGCUAUACAAUAUAUUUAAGCCAUUAUACAGUGCACAAAGACGUGCAGAUAAAAUGGAGAUGCUUAGCAGCUGUGCUUAAGUGAAGGGAAUUUGGGGUCAGACGGUAGAUACAGUGCUACCCAAAUACCACAAUGUACAAAACUAGGGCUGGGUACUGUUUGAAUUUUUUAUAGAACUAGUGCCACUAUGACAUGAUGACUUUCAGUUUUUGAGAUCAUAAUUGAAAAUAUAUUUUGAAAUAUUUUCCCACAUAAUCCUAUUUUCUACAUUGCUUUCACUCUCACAGCUUUCAUCUGUAUUGUUUUCAGGCACAGCAGGCAGCUGUUUCCAACUGUAAUGAUUAAAAAUUCAGGACUAUACUUACCUAGCAACAAACAAAAGAUGGUCAAAGUUAGCACCUAGCUAACAAACAUAGUGGAGCAUUUAGCCUGCUAAAGAUCCAGAUAUUUUCCUCAGGAGUUGGUAGAGACCAAACAUGGAGCUUAAAGGAGAGUGAAUAUUGAACUUAAAUUCAUCAGGUGGACACAAACAUGACUUCAAAUGAACAACACUGUUGCUCUGUAACAUGUAGAACAUGUGGAACAUGUGGAAAUAGGCAACUGUAUGCCUUUUACAUUAGCCUUUUAUGGUGGUAAUAUGUUUGAUAUGAUUUUGCUGCCUAAGGCUGGAUAUCGUUUGUUUAAGUAUGAAGGCUGAUAAGAUAAACAGACACUUAUAAAUACUUAAUUUGAGAAACUUAAACAUGUUUUACUUUUCAGUACUUUUUUCCAUUUGACAAAAGAAGUCAAAACAAUUGAAUGUUAAACACAGUCUUAACACAACUUAGAUGUAAAUCAAAAACUGUCGGAUCAAAGCAAAAGUAAACAAGAUUGUAACUCUUACCAUUUAUUUGAUACCAGCUGACGUUUUUGCCACUGAUGAUACCAAGCCCUAAGAAAUAAACAGCCAUGAGUCUGCAGUGGUGCAAGACAAGCUAGUAUAAGAGAUUUAUGAAAGCAAGGACAGAAGAGGAGGUCAGGCGGGCGAACAUGAUGUUACUGCAUUACCUCCUCUCCACAUUAGUACAGUGUAUUCUUUACACAUUCCACCCUGAAACAGGUCAUUAGUAUUGAGGAUACUGAGCUUUCCACCAGCCCGGCCCCUCAUCUCUGCCUCUCUUUAUCUCUAUCCCUGUCUCCUAUCUCUGCCGUGGCCUGAGCUCUGCAUGUGUGUGUGUGUGUGUGUGUGUGUGUGUGUAUGAAUGAGGCCUCUCUGUCUUGGACGGUGUGCCCAGCCAGCCGUGUUCUCGCUCUGCAUCUCCUCCGGUGUUUCACUAAACAUGCUUGAUUAGGCAAAGUACAUUCCCGGCCCUCUAAUGGCCUGAUGAGCCCCUGAGAAGAUUACUACAGACACAUCAGCCCUGAGAGGGAAGAGCACGUUCAACCAGCUCUUUACCCCUCCGCUAACCACCGGCCACACACACACACACACACACACACUGUAGGGCCCUUUAACCAAAUUCGGGACACAAUUGAAUUAAGAUCAGAAAUAGAGCUCAAGCUUGAAAUAGGCCGACAAUGACUGGUUCUAGGAAAGGUACUGUACAUGAUGUUAUUUUACUGACUGCAUAAUUUGAUUAUCUUAGUUCAACAUUAUGGGGCAGCUAAGGAAUUCGGAUGUAACCUCAUGGGCGUCAGUGUGUUUAUUAAAGCCAUCAUCCUCUCUCUUUUUUACAUACUUCAUGUCAUUCCCAUUCCUCAGCUUUCAACAGCUGCACUUUGUCUUCUUUCAAACCCCCUUCAUUGUUAACAGACUCACACAAUCUCUCUGCAUACACACACAUACACAUAAAAACCCUCUACACUGUUUGUCACUAUAAAAUGUUAGCUGGUUAAUUUAAUGAGUCGGUGACAGAAACAGAAAUCAAAGUAAUUCACAAAAUCCCACUUUAUUUCACAUCAAAUCCUCAAUGUGUGAGAAUUUUGUUAGAUAUAUUCAAAGCCUCUCACACAGUAAAUUGCUUUCUUUUGCUUAGAAAUGAUUUCAUGUCACGUUUCUUUGUUAAAUGUAGCACAUACUGCCUCUGGUUCUGCACACACACACACACACACACACACACACAUUCUUCCUCUUUAUCUCUUCCCUGCACAUAUCGACACACAUACACACAUGAAAUUCCCACCCAGCCCUCGUGACCCAGUCUGUCUGUGUAUGUUGUUAUUUAUCAGCUUGUGUUUGUGUCUGAAGAGACCAUGCCUUUGUGUGUUGGGGUUGUUUAUGCUGUGUGGCCCAGCGAUGUAAUGUGUCGUCCCCUCCACCCCCAGCCAAUAACUGCCAUCUUGCCCUGCAGUGCUCCACUGUGCUGUACUGUAUGUGACUCUACGCCCCAGAAAGAAUCCAGAAAAAUGGAGGCUAACUUGUAUUAAAUCCAUCAUCACAGUGAGGAGCAGUGACAUGAAAAUGCUCCCCUCCAAGCCAACAAGUGAGAGGAAAAAAGCACAAAAAACAAGGCGAAAACAAAAUCAACAUUUGCAUUUUUGUAAAAUUGUAGAUGUAUUUAGUCAGCACUGAUAAUUUUUGUCAUGUUUGUUUUUUCUAUCGUUUGUUUCUGUGGUAGAUAUUCGGUUUGAAAUUAUAUGGGAUAUUAUUGUAUAUGAUUUCAAUUUCAAUUCUCUGGUGUGCCGGAUUUGAAGAUGACAAUGAAGACGAACCUGAUGACUAUCAUGAUUAUUAUUAUUGUAUUACUGACAGUGACAAUGAAGCAGUACUGUGAGCAGCACUGAGCUGAUGUGCCCUGUUUAGAUGCUAGAAUCUGGAAGGAAGAAGAGGAGGAAGAGGAGGAGUGAAUAAACUCGUACAAACUGAGGUUCAAAAAGAGAUUUCUCUCCGGUAGAGUGGAGUCUCCUGCUACUGUGAAGGACCCCGCUGUCCUGUGGCUCUCACCAGAGGCUGGCCCCCAACCCCCACCUGUCGCCCCCAGGGGCCUUGGGGCUCGGUGUCAUCAGAUGACAACACAUGUCCCUACUACGUGUACAUAACCUUGAUGCUUACAUGUAAUUAAAGUGCAGUAGCUGCAUGACGACACAGCCUCUGUGUGUGUACAGAAGUAGCGACGUGUGAAUUUGUACAGUACAUGCAAGUGUGUGUGCUUGUGUCCGCGAAAAGAAAUCUGUUUGUCGUCACGCAAAAAAAAGCAACACGUGCAUGCACCCUCCGACAACUGCGCAGAACACACGUACAUUAGACACAGACACACAUACACGAACACGCUCCAGCAGUUGUUCACCAUUCUCCUCAUUGUCCUGAGCUCUGCCUGUCACUCCGCAUGGAGACUUUGCUCUAUGUCAACUUUCUUAUUCUAAUAAAUCACUCAGACAUUCA